AUGGAAACGCCACCAUCAACAUCCGCACCCACAGAUGCACCCGCCCCCUCCUCGGACCCACCACCGUCAUCGUCCUCAGAUCCGCCGCCUUCUACCCCAAUCGAACCACCAGCAUCAUCAGCCCCAUCCCCAAACCCUAGCCCUAGCCCUGCUCAAUCCCAAACCCUAGAGCCUCAGCAACCUCCUCAAUUGCAGCAGCGGACUCUGCCGGCGAUCUCGCGGCCUCGGCCACCGACCCAACCGAUCCCAAGAAGCGGCCUCGGCGGAGGAGGGAUUGGAGUUCCUGCUGGAUAUUCGCAUCAUCACGCCGCCGUCGUCUGUUCCUUUUUUCGUCCGUUCGGCGGCCCGAGUUCUUCUCAUAUGCAGCCCUUUGCUGCAGUGCCGAGGGGUUCUGUUGGUGGGCCCGAUCAGGCUAGGCAACCUGUUCCUGGAGUUCAGACAAUAGGGAUGAUUGGUUCGUUGAGUACUUCUCAGAUGAGACCUACUGGGGCUCUUGGGCAAAAUCAGCAGAGACUUGGUCAGCCACAACUUAGAUCGGUGACUCCACCUAGCCAGGGUUUAAACUCUCAAAAAUUCCCGAGUCAUCUUGGCCCAAGAGGUCCUUCCAUUACUUCUCCCGUUACCCAAUCACUUGCAUCACAAAGUUCCCAACCUCUUCAUCAGCAGUGGAUGUCAUCCCAAGCAAAACAAUCAAAUGUAGCUUCUUUACCUUCCUCUUCUUACAGACCCCAGAUGAGACCACCAACUAUGCAGCAAAGGCCUCAUCUUCCACAGCAUCACCAACAAACAUCAAUUUCUCAGCAGCAACAGCAGCAGAAGCAACACCAACUACAACAAAUACAGCAUAUGCAACAGCAAAGCUCACUGCAAAACCAGUCACAAGACAACCAUCCACUUAGGAAUCAACCAAAUAUUCCUUCACAACAUCAAGCUUCACAAGCUCUUGUACCUACAGUGCAAAAGUCAAAUGUUCAAGCUUUGGCCCAACCUGGGUUGGGAUCUAAUGAUACUGAAGAGAUCAGUAAUGAUAUUAUAAGCAGGAAGCGUAUACGAGAAUUGGUAACACAGGUUGAUCGGUCUGAAAAGUUGCGUCCUGAAAUUGAAGAUGACCUCCUGGAGAUUGCUGAUGAUUUCAUUGAAUCUAUAGUUACAGCAGCUUGCCAUUUGGCUAAGCAUCGAAAAUCAACUACAUUAGAAGCGAAGGACAUACUUGUACAUGUAGAGAGACAUUGGAAUAUGUCCUUGCCUGGCUUUAGCGGAGAUGAGAUCAAGUGUUACAAGAAGCCGUCCACAAAUGAUAUUCAUAAAGAGAGGCUUGCAAUGAUCAAGAAGUCUAUGAUAGGAACACAAGAUGGGGGUACUAGUACAAAAACUCCGGCCUCAGGUAGUGGGCAAGCUGCUGCAAAUCCAAAACUCCAUUGAGCAAAACCUGCUGCCUUUGUUUCUCCUAAAGAACAUGAAUCACUAGUUAGAAGCUAAAUGAUUGAGAUGUUUAUGUUCUCUUGAUGGCUUCCAGCAAUUGCUUGAGCAAGGAUAUAAAAGAGAUGAAAGGUUUGCUCUUUUUUGUUUCAAGCACCAACCGAUGGGGAACUAAGAAAACAGCUCCAAGCAUAUCCUUGUUUCUGCUGCAUUUUGCGCUACUGCUGCGCUAUCAUAUAAUUUUUAUUGACCAGAUGAAGAAGAGGAAUGAUGCUUUUUGCUUGAGCUGAAGACAAGGAUGUAUGCAAGAUUAUUUAUAUUUAAGGGAGAGUUUGAUAUGACUCGGUACUUCAGAUACGUGUUUGAUGUGAAACAUGUGCAUCCCUUAUAUAGGGCGAGUUUAAGGGAGAGUUUGAUAUUACUCAGGAACUAAUAUUAUUAUGGUUUUUUUUUUG